AAGAUAAGACUUCAGAAUUACGGAGUAGUAAAUACAGCUAAUUCCGUCGUCUUCCCAGAAACCUCAGAAAGAAAGGGGAAAUCAACAAACCCUAACCAGAAAUAUUGACACGAACCUGAAAUACUUCAUAUCAUUUUUCUCUAUUAUCCCAGUGCGGUUCUGAUAUCCUUGGUGGGUGGUUGGUUUCAUAACAAUUGAAAUGCUUACCUGACACCCAAGACAGAAUUCUUCAACCCCUAGCCCUAACACUCGCUGGAAAUUCUUCAAUCAAAUUCUCUUAUCAUCAGACUCUGAAUUUCAACAUUCUUCAAGAUGGUGUUGGCACAGUUAGGAGGGAGCAUUUCGCGUGCUCUCCAGCAGAUGAGCAAUGCGACAAUCAUUGACGAGAAGGUUCUCAAUGAAUGCCUCAACGAGAUCACUCGCGCUCUUCUCCAGUCUGAUGUUCAGUUCAAGCUAGUCCGUGAUAUGCAGACCAAUAUCAAGCGGAUUGUCAACCUUGAUGACCUAGCUGCUGGACACAACAAGCGUAAGAUCAUCCAACAGGCUGUAUUUAACGAGCUUUGCAAGAUUUUGGAUCCUGGAAAACCAUCAUUCACACCAAAGAAAGGGAAGCCUAGUGUUGUCAUGUUUGUAGGGUUGCAAGGUUCCGGGAAAACAACAACUUGUACAAAAUAUGCCUACUACCACCAGAGGAAGGGCUGGAAACCAGCUCUAGUUUGUGCAGAUACAUUCAGAGCUGGUGCUUUUGAUCAACUGAAACAGAAUGCAACCAAAGCUAAAAUACCUUUCUAUGGGAGCUACACAGAGUCUGAUCCUGUGAAAAUAGCAGUGGAAGGUGUUGAAAGAUUCAAGAAGGAAAAUUGUGAUCUCAUUAUUGUUGACACCAGUGGACGCCACAAACAAGAAGCUGCCCUCUUUGAAGAGAUGCGUCAAGUCUCUGAAGCUACGAAACCAGAUCUUGUGAUAUUUGUUAUGGAUAGUAGUAUUGGUCAAGCCGCUUUCGAUCAAGCUCAAGCAUUCAAGCAAAGUGUUGCAGUUGGGGCUGUAAUAGUUACUAAAAUGGAUGGCCAUGCAAAGGGUGGUGGUGCUCUUAGUGCAGUUGCCGCUACAAAAAGUCCUGUCAUCUUCAUUGGUACUGGAGAACACAUGGACGAGUUUGAAGUUUUUGAUGUUAAACCGUUUGUCAGCCGACUUCUAGGCAUGGGUGAUUGGUCUGGGUUCAUGGACAAGAUACAUGAGGUUGUUCCUAUGGAUCAACAGCCUGAGCUUCUUCAAAAACUCUCCGAGGGAAAUUUUACCUUGAGGAUUAUGUAUGAACAAUUCCAAAAUAUACUUAAAAUGGGUCCCAUUGGGCAGGUCUUCUCUAUGCUUCCGGGAUUUAGUCAAGAACUAAUGCCAAAAGGGCGUGAGAAGGAAAGCCAGACAAAAAUUAAACGUUAUAUGACAAUGAUGGAUUCGAUGACGAAUGAAGAAUUGGACAGCACAAACCCGAAGCUUAUGACUGAAUCGCGCAUCAUGAGGAUAGCAAGGGGAUCUGGUCGUUUGGUGCAUGAAGUGAUGGAAAUGAUGGAAGAGUACAAGCGAUUGGCCAAGAUAUGGAGCAAGAUGAAGGGACUUAAAAUCCCAAAGAAGGGAGAUAUGAGUGCCUUGUCCCGAAACAUGAAUGCACAGCACAUGAGCAAAGUUCUUCCCCCGCAGAUGUUGAAACAGAUAGGCGGCAUGGGUGGCUUGCAAAACUUGAUGAAACAAAUGGGUUCUGCCAAGGAUAUGAUGGGCAUGUUUGGUGGUGGGGAUAAGUAAUCUCUCUCUCUCUCCCUCUCACACACACAUACUAAAGCUGAUUCCAGGUUAGAAGAUGAACACCCUCUAGCCUCGAAGCUUGUCUGUCAAUCAUAGCUGUAUUUCAGGUUGUCAGUUUCGAAUUCUUGAAAGCGGGAUGGUUCGUUUUUGUUUUUAGAUGACAAGGAGUAUAAUUUCUUUCGUAUUUUCGCUCGAUCCCCCUUGAUAGAGUUGUUAUUUCUUUAAUUUUCUUAGUAAACUAGAACUUGGUUUUGUGCCAUGUGAAUGUAUGUACUAUGUUGAGAAUGGAAGAAUGGUUUUCUGCCAUUUUCUCACUUACCAAUUAGUAGCUGCUGUUUCCUGA